CGUCAUAGUGAUUGGGUUGUAUCAGCCGCCAUGAUUGUUAUGAUUUUCGAUAUACCAUGUGGAAAAUGUCUCCUUUUGUAAUUGGAUAUUAAAAUUAAGUUCUGAAUGAUACGAACAAGAAUAUGAUGCAUAUAAAACAGCAGCUCGAAGACAGAUACGUAGAUGACAAUGAGGAGGAGGAGUCUGGUUCGGAAGAAUCAGAAUCAAGCGAAAUCGAAAGACUUGACACUGCAACUCCAGUCGAAUCCUAUGACAAUGUUCCUACAGAAACGCCCACUGAAAGAGGAAUAGCAAAAACAAAAAAGGCCGAAGAGUUGAUUUUAAAGAUUAUCGGUCAAACUAAAGCCCUAGGCUCAAACACUUUAGAUCUAGGAUCAAAGGGUGUGCGACAAAUACCCAGUGAACUCUUAGAACUAUCUCAAUUAGAGUACCUGUAUUUGGAAGGGAAUGAGUUAUGCAGUCUGCCUGAUGAUUUCUUUGAUAAACUUCCUAACCUUGUGUGGUUGGACAUAAGAAGAAAUGGAUUGCUACGUUUACCAAGUGUUUACACUGGAAGACAUCAAAAUCUUAGAAAUCUUCUGCUGGAAGGAAACAAUUUACGUAGUUUGCCAUUAGAAUUGGGUUUGAUCAAAUCAUUAAAUGGACUAAACAUCAGUGGCAAUCCAAUAGAAUUUCCUCCAGGGGAGAUAAUAGAGAAAGGAACCAAUGAAAUUCUCAAAUUCCUCAGAGAAAUGCUUCUUGCCAAGUCUCAAGGACGUCUCACAACUAGUCUAAAUGGGGGCACCGGAGAAAAUGGGGAGGAUAGUAGUAGUAGCUCAGAGGACUGGCAGGAUGAGAGAGAUUUACGAGACUGGGCUAAGAUACAACAUAGAUCUUUGUCCAUGGAAGACAAUAAGAGUACUACAACAAAAUCUUCAGAAUUUGGACUGAUACCUCAUUCUGCAGAGCUACAUAGACCAGUUAGUUAUACAGAAAUAAAACAAGAAAAAACUGAUAAAAUAAUAAAAGCAGGUGCCAUGGGAACAGUAGAAAGCUUUCACUGCCUCAAUGAAAGAAACAAAGUAAGGACUCACUUUCCAACCAUCCGUGUUAGUAUCUCGCGCCGAAAUCAUCAGAGUGGUGACUACAGCUUCCACCAGGUUAAUAAAAAACAUGAGGAACAAAAUCCAAUUUUUCCACUGAUAGAAAUAAAGAUCACCAAGAAAAGACUUACAAAGCCAUAUGUUCCAGAUCACACGAGACGACAGUCAGCCAAUAACAGUGUGUUAUCAUGGAAAGUUAACCCCUAUCCAGAGCCCCCUCCAGCAGAUUAUGUACAUUUUAAAAUGAACGAAGAAAGACAGCUCGCCAAGGUCAAAGAUUUCAAAGAAAAAACAGAUGCCAUAUUGCAGAGAAGAAAAGAUGAAAAUGUUCUCAAAGAAUGGAGACAUGAAACAAAAAUUAAACAACAGAAACGUCAAAUUGAGAUCAUGAGAUCAGGGAAAAAAGACUAUACAGAUCCUGUAGAAAAGGCACCAUUUGAUAUUGAUGAGAAUCAUAUUAAAGUUAUGUCCAACGAAGAAAGGAUUAAGCAAGAUGUAAAGACUGCCCACGAAAGGUUAAGACGUCAAUUGUCUCCAGCAAGCAGACAGAAAGUAGAGGAAGAAAAAGCUGCAAGAAUAAAAGAAUUAGAAAAGAAGAUAAAACUACAUACAUCAUCGAUGCAUGCUAGAAGGAAACAGCAAAAGGGUACACCACAGGAAGAAAUGGAAGCUGCUAGGAGAGAUUUGGAAAUUGUGAAAAAUCUUCAGAAAGAUUUGCUGAAACGGUAUCAGGAACUGAAGGCCUGGACUACAGGGUGUGGUGAUUUUUUGCCAAUGAUUGCCACAUAGUUAAGGCUGAAGAUCUCCACAAGGAGUUAAUGAGCACUCGUAAAAAUUUGGAGUACCGAUUCCGAGCCUUUACAGCUGAAGUAUCGUCAUAUCCAAGAGCCAAGAAAACUCCAGUGUAGAGAAAAAUUAGCAAAUGAUAUUCAGACUAUCUUAACUUUGAAAUGCCAGUUUAUGCCUUGAACUAAGUAUUUAUGUAGACAAUGAAGUUUGAGUUUCUUUUAUGUUUUAUAUGUACAUGUGAUAAAAUAUUUGAAUACCUAAACUGAUAUCUGAGCAAUGCAAAUGAGAAGUAUUUUAGUAAAUUCAUGAUUGGAUAAUUUUAUGAAUAUCAGUUCAUUCUGUUGUAUAUUUCCUUUUUAGUUCACUUGACCUUGAUUGCCAGAAUGACCAUUGUGUCCAUCUACUGUCUGGACAUUUUUUGAAAAAUUUUGAAAGUUUAAAUAGAACAUAAUCACUUUAAUCUUGAGCAAUUUAUGUUUCUAACAAGAUUCUUGUAGAACAACUUACAAAUUGUUUAAUUGCUCCUUGCUAAAAAUUUCCUUCUGCUUAAGGUUGGAGUAAAGAAAGUGAUGUAUAAGAUAAAAACAGUCAAAAGGAUUGAUACUGCUUUAGUCUAAUUCUUUAAUAAAUUUUGUUUACACUACUAGGAUCUAGAUUUAGUCAAUAGUAUGCAUAGAUUGUCGCUUUCUUCACUUUUACAAUAAAUGCUUUUAUUUAUGUGUUCACAAAAUUCAUUACACAUUAUAACUGAUUUGAGCUCACAGAAAUUUCAGUUCAUACUAAAUUUUCAAAUAAACAUGAAGAAUUUCAGUUUUUAUACACAAGGGUAUGACUUUAAGAGGAUAUUUUGUGUUCAGUUCUAUUUGUUGUCUAUUUGUCAUUUUAACCAACUUCAAAAGUUGUGUUUUCUGUUUAUAUUUUUGAUUCUCUUAAAGAGGUGUAUGGGAAGAAUGUGAUGAAAUGGUGUGUGUGGUGUGACAGUGUGUGUGUUCUUUUUUCUCUCAGUGUUAUUUUAUGUCAAUUUUCAUAGACCCAAGUUAUUAUUGAUAUUGAACAGUUAGAAUUUUAUUGCUUGGACUUGAAGGCUUAACUGACUUAAUACAUACUGCAAAAAACAUUUAGAUGAACUUAAGUUUAUGUAUGCAAAGUGUGAUAUAUUAUAUAGAAAAAAAUCCUAUUUACAUUAUUGAAUUUGAAUACUUAUCUUAAACUAUCAUAAAUAUUAGUAAAUUGAAUAAAUCUGUUACAGGGAAACAACUCUGUGAUAUUUACCUAUAACUUAACAGUGAAAAUGUGUAUGCUUAUAGUUUAUGGGGUUUUCUUUUACAUUCCUGCUCUUGUUAAAAUCUGUACAUUAAAAAGUUUAUAAAUUAUAAGAUGAAGUUAAAAUACUUCGUCUUACCUCUUCUACAUUCUUGUUUAACUCAUUUCAUUUCAAUGUCGUAAAUCAACUUUAAAAAAUUUGUAACUGCCAGUGCAUUUUUAGGUUUUAUUCUUGUCACUUAAUUUUUGAAUGAAAAUGUUUUCCUGUAGAAGUUAUUGACAGAUGUUCAUGCUACUGAUUUAUAGAACUGUAUGAAACUGUUCACUGUUGAUAGUUGUAAGCAAUAUUAUAUGAGAAAAACACAAAUAUUAGAAAUUCUUUGUAGUUUGACAAGUAUGAUGAUUAAAUUAUUUUAACUAUA